AUGAGGCCCGGGCCUACUAGGCAGGCCGUAGGCCAAGCCCGCGACAUCCUCUCCACGUUCUGCUUGUUUUUCACACCGGAGAUAGAAGACAUCAUCCUGGAGAUGACCAAUCUGGAGGGCGUUUCGAAACGCGGCGGCCGCUGGAAAGCGAUGGACUCCACCGACCUGCGAGCCUACGUAGGGCUGCUCAUCCUAGCCGGCGUGUACAGGUCCCGAGGCGAAGCAGCCUCUAGUCUCUGGGACGCCGAGAGCGGAAGGACCAUUUUCCGCGCAACCAUGCCGCUCAAAGUCUUUCACGCUUACUCGAGACUCCUUCGCUUCGACGACCGCCAGACCAGAGCCGAGAGACGCGCAGCAGGCGGCGGUGACAAACUUGCUGCGACGAGAGUAGUCUGGGACAAGUGGGUCGAGAGGCUGCCGCUCCUCUACAACCCCGGGCCCGAUGUGACGGUGGACGAGCAACUGGUCCCUUUCAGAGGCCGAUGUCCUUUCCGCCAGUAUAUUCCAAGCAAGCCGGCCAAAUACGGCAUCAAGACCUGGGUGGCCUGCGACUCCAAAUCCAGCUACGCCUGGAAGAUGCAGGUCUACACCGGGAAGGCCACGUGCGGAGGCCCCGAGAAGAACCAGGGGAUGAGGGUCGUGCUCGAUUUGACGCAGGGACUCAGGGGUCACAACGUCACCUGCGACAAUUUCUUCACCUCAUACGAGCUCGCGCGCCAGCUCCUGAGGAGGAACGUCACCGUGGUCGGCACAGUAAGAAAGAACAAGCCAGAGCUCCCGCCGGCACUGCUCGCCUCAAAGGACAGGCUCCUCUUCUCCUCCAAGUUCGCCUUCACGCCCACCACGGCUCUAGUGUCCUACCUGCCAAAGAAAAACAAGAACGUCUUACUCCUGAGCACGCUGCACACCGAGGCUCACUUUAGCCGUCGCCAGGACAAGAAGCCGGCCAUCGUCCUAGACUACAACAGCAACAAGGGAGGUGUGGACAACCUAGACAAGGUGAUUGGAACCUACAGCUGCAGGAGGAUGACCGCCCGCUGGCCACUGGUCAUCUUCCACAACAUCCUUGACGUGUCCUCGUACAACGCUUUUGUCAUAUGGCGAGAGCUCAACCCUAUUUGGAUGACUGGUAAGCGAAACAAGAGGAGGGUGUUCCUCGAGCAGCUGGGAAAGGCACUAGUGACUUCGUUCAUACAAAGAAGGGACGGUCUCCCUCGCACCGAAGCCUCUGCGGCGCUCGUCAAAGCUGUUCAGAGGGCUACGUAUCGUGUUCAGCCCCGGGAUCACGCCCCAGCCGCAACGGCCCACGCACCGGCCCAAGCACCCGACCCCGCACAACCCAGUAAGAGGAAGAGGUGUCAG